UUCUCUGACGCCAGGUUCGUGCUAGCCGUGGGCAGCGCCGUCUUCGACGCCAUGUUCAACGGGGGGAUGGCCACCACAUCCACCGAGAUCGAGCUGCCCGACGUGGAGCCGGCGGCCUUCCUGGCGCUGCUCAAGUUUCUCUACUCGGAUGAGGUUCAGAUCGGGCCCGAGACGGUCAUGACCACGCUGUACACAGCCAAGAAGUACGCGGUGCCCGCGCUCGAGGCCCACUGCGUGGAAUUCCUGAAGAAGAACCUCCGGGCUGACAAUGCGUUCAUGCUGCUGACGCAGGCGCGUCUCUUCGACGAGCCGCAGCUGGCCAGCCUGUGCCUGGAGAACAUCGACAAGAACACGGCUGACGCCAUCACCGCCGAGGGCUUCACCGACAUCGACCUGGACACGCUGGUGGCCGUGCUGGAGCGGGACACCCUGGGCAUCCGGGAGGUGCGCCUGUUCAGCGCCGUCGUCCGCUGGUCCGAGGCCGAGUGUCAGCGGCAGCAGCUGCCCGUGACCCCUGAGAACAAGCGCAAGGUGCUGGGCAAGGCGCUCGCCCUCAUCCGCUUCCCGCUCAUGACCAUCGAGGAGUUUGCUGCAGGUAACGGUCAGGGGGCGGGGGCCGCUCAGCGGGAGCACGACCCCCAGGGACCCCAGGUGUGACCCCGAGCCAGCUGUGGGCAGCGCGGGUGGGCCGCUCUGCCGAGGACGCCCUUGCCGUGUCGCGUGGACAGUGUGGAGCGCGUGGGGGGUCGGCGGGGGUGGGGGCCGGCGGGGGCGGCCUUGCGCUGGGCCCUGGCUUAGCACCUCGUCCGUCCGCGGCUCAGGUUCUCGGUCAACAAGCGCAUCUUCGUGGUUGGCUUCGGGCUCUACGGCUCCAUCCACGGGCCCACGGAUUACCAAGUGAACAUCCAGAUCAUCCACACGGACAGCAACACUGUGCUGGGCCAGAACGACACGGGCUUCAGCUGCGACGGCUCCGCCAGCACCUUCCGGGUCAUGUUCAAGGAGCCCGUGGAGGUGCUGCCCAACGUCAACUACACGGCCUGCGCCACGCUCAAGGGCCCGGACUCCCACUACGGCACCAAGGGCCUGCGCAAGGUGACCCACGAGUCCCCCACGACGGGGGCCAAGACGUGCUUCACCUUCUGCUACGCGGCGGGCAACAACAAUGGCACGUCCGUGGAGGACGGCCAGAUCCCCGAGGUCAUCUUCUACACCUAGGCCCCCAGGCCCCCGACGCCGCCUGGUGCAAGGAGGCCGCGUGUGCGCUCCCUGCCCCAUUUCUGGGCGUCAGGAGAGGGUCACUCCCGUGGCGAGCCUGGCUGCCUGCUCAGAGGAGCCGGGCAGGGGCUGUGAGACCGGCCCCCAGGACUUGGGGCGGGGUGGGGGGGCGGGAGGCAGGGCUGGCCUGGACCCGCCCUGGGCGGAGGGUCCGCCGGGUCCUUGGGCGCGGGAGUCCUGCACGCUGUCCCUGCAGCCCGGGGCUGCCUGACCACAGGCUUCAGACAGGAUCUGUCUCAUGUUUGUCCGGUCUCAGCGCACAUGGCAAUGCAUCUUGGAUCCCCACUCCUCGGGUAGGAGGUAGUCUGGGGGGGCACCCCUAGUGCAUUUGCUUGGGGUCUCGGGUUCUGGUCUAUUCACUGGGGAUGCUUAGGCCACCCUGGCCCCCAACACACUGGCCUCGGCUCCCCCUUGAGGUCCUGCAGGCUGGCUUUCUGCCAGGCCCGGGCACACCCAGUGGGCCCAGUGAAGGGCCACCCUCUUCCGGCCCCUGCAGCCACGGGCAUGGAUCGCAGACCCCCGUCUGCCCGGGCAGUGCUGUGGGUCCGCCAUGGCGGCCAGGUCCCCAGGUGGCCCGCCUGCCCCCCACCUUGUACAUAUUGCAGCCCUGCCCCCCCCCCAGCCUCUGAGUGAGCACUCUGGCCAGAGGUGCUGGAGGGUGCAGCCCCUCCCCCAAGUCCCUCCCGCCUCCCCACGUGUGUUCCCACCCCAGUGAUUCCUUCUGGAAACUGUCCUCCCCAAAGCCAUGGAAGGUGUGCCCUCCUCACACCAUACCCCCAAAUAAUUUUUUUAAAUAAAGGAAUGAAAUGUA